ACAGAGCCUCACACGCAGCAAUACCCAUUCAACCAUCAUGCCAUUCCUAAUACCUCCAUUCAUUAUCGCAAUGUUUUACUAAUUUUUAUGUAAUUGCUCUGGACUGGAUACCAAUUUUACUGUUCAACAGCACUACGUGCCAUUCCGUUAUUGAUUCGCUUUUGUUCGAUAUCAGGCUACGUGUAGCAAACAAUUGGCUAGCAAGUUUGCUUUCAAAUCUGAAGGUAUGUCCUUCCAUCAGGGUCGAGGAGGGGGCUGUACCAGAGGAAGAGCCCCCCCAAGUCAGCAUGGGGGUCAACAUGGUUCCCCCCAAAACUACAGACCCAGCACCAUAAGACCGCCACCUCCCCAGCCACCCUUGCCUCCUUACCACUAUGACCCCCCUCCCCAGCACAGCUUCUUUCACAACUACGGUGGCCAAGGCAACAGUGGUGGGGUUGGUUACGUACCCGCCCACUCAGACUACAUGUCGUACCCCCCUCCGUUUCCCUCUCAGGGGGGUAUGGUUUCCAGUCCCCUGAGCCAGUGCCCAGUACGCCCUCCCUUCACUAACCCUCAGGGACACCCCAAUUUCCCCCCUCCUCCUCUGCCCGGCAGCUCCUGUGUAAACUCCAUGUCUGGGGCUCCGGCGUCAGCUCAGAGCGCUUACCAUUAUAUAAUGCCGUCCGUGCCCCCUCCACCUCUCCCUCACCCGCCCAGCAUGCCUCCAGCCACCCCCCCGCAGUCCUACCACCACGCUCCUUACUCCAUGAACUACUCCCACCCUCCCUUCCCGCCUCCGCCCAACUUCAGCCAAGUGGGCUAUGGCUCCCAACAGGGUCCUGGCUCCUACAAGCCGGACCACGGGGGCUUUAGGCACAGCUCACAUGGAGGUGACGGAGGAGGGCAGCCGUACAACGCCGAGAAACAGCAGCAACUGGGCAACAGGGGUCAGAGGUCGCCGGAGAGGGGCCGAGGCGGCCGCCACGAUGACCCCAGGCAGCAGAAGGCCGUCUAUGGUUACAGUAGCCGCGGCGACAACAGACACAAGAUGGACUUUCCCGCCGACCAGCGAGGAGGGAAGGACCGGGGAAGAAGUCCGGACAGACGGAGACCAGAGGGCGGGCGGCACCGGUCCGAGUACGAACAGCGAGGGAGGACUCCGCCACCCCUUCGACAUCGGAGCAGAGAGCGCAGCAGGGAACGGCAUCGCCACCGAGACAGCCGGAGGUCUCCGUCCCCUGACAGACACAGGAAGAGACCUAGGAGCCGGUCAGGCAGCAGAGAAAGGAAACGCGGGCGCUGGGAGGAGGAGAGGGAGCGGCGUUCCGACGGAGCGUGCAUGAGCCGAGAGAGAGACCGCAGCUACCCCUCCGUCCGGAGCCGAGACACCGAUGCAGAGGCCUCCACGGACAGGGAACGGGAGAGGGAGAGGGACCGUGACAGGGAAAGAGGAGAGAGGGACCGGGAGAGGGAGAAGGAGAAGGUGGAUGGAGAAGAGAGAGAGGAGGAGGAGAUGCUGAAGCCAGCGUGGAUCCGCUGUACCCAUGCCGAGAACUACUACUCCAGCGACCCCAUGGACCAAGUGGGUGACUCUACUGUGGUGGGGACCAGUAAGCUGAGGGACCUAUACGAACGCUUCGAGGAGGAACUGGUCAAGAGACAAGAGCGCGCUCAGUUGGCCCGGCCCAAAUGGGAACCCCCCAAGACCAAGCUGGAUGAGGAUCCUGGUACUGUAUUGAUAUCAGAUAGGAACCCCAAAGAGGAGACCCGCGGCCACAGCAGCAGCGAGUCGGACUGCGAUUCGGACGGGGGCAGCAGCAGCUGCUCCAGCAGCUCUGACUCCGACGUGUUCGACGUCAUCGCUGAGAUCAAGAGGAAGAAGGCCCACCCCGACCGGCUACACGACGAGCUGUGGUACAACGACCCGGGACAGAUGAAUGACGGGCCAUUGUGUAAGUGUAGUGCCAAAUCGAGACGCACCGGGAUACGCCACAGCAUCUACCCAGGAGAGGAGUCUGUGAAGGAGUGCCGUCCAAUGAGCAACAACUCUGGGAAGCUGUACCACUACAGAAUCACUGUGUCUCCACCUACUAACUUCCUGACGGACCGGCCAACGGUGAUCGAGUACGAUGACCACGAGUACCUGUUCGAAGGUUUCUCCCUGUUUUCCCACUUGCCUCUGACUGAUAUACCAUUGUGCAGAGUGAUUCGUUUCAACAUAGAUUACAGCAUUCACUUUAUUGAGGAGAUGACACCAGAGAACUAUUGUGUGAAGGGAUUGGAGUUGUUCUCCUCAUACCUGUUCAAGGAUAUACUGGAACUCUAUGACUGGAACCUCACAGGCCCAGAGUGGGACAACCAAUCUCCCGGAUGUAAAAAGUUCCACUUCAUGCCUCGCUUUGUCCGCUUCUUACCUGACGGUGGUAAGGAGGUGCUGUCCAUGCAUCAGGUGCUCCUCUACCUCCUGCGGAGCUCCAAGCCCCUGGUCCCUGAAGAGGAAAUCGCUGACAUGCUGCAGUGGGAGGAGCUGGCGUGGCAGAAGUAUGCCGAGGAGUGCAAGGGCAUGAUCGUCACCAACCCCGGCAUGAAGCCUAGCUCGGUGCGUAUUGACCAGCUGGACAGAGAGCAGUUCAACCCUGAGGUCAUCACCUUCCCCAUCAUCGUUCACUUCGGAAUCCGGCCAGCCCAGCUCAGCUAUGCCGGGGACCCCCAGUAUCAGAAGCUGUGGAAAAGCUAUGUGAAACAACGCCACCUGCUGGCCAACAGCCCCAAGGUCAAACAGAUAGACAAGCAGAAGUUAACACAGAGGGAGGAAGCGCUGCAGAAGAUCCGGCAGAAGAACACCAUGCGGCGCGAGGUUACAGUGGAGCUCAGCAGCCAGGGCUUCUGGAAGACCGGCAUCCGCUCCGACGUCUGUCAGCACGCCAUGAUGCUGCCGGUGUUAACUCAUCACAUUCGCUACCACCAGUGCCUGAAGCACCUGGACAAGCUGAUUGGCUAUGUCUUCAAGGAGCGCUGCCUACUACAGCUGGCCAUGACUCAUCCCAGCCACCACCUGAACUUUGGCAUGAACCCAGACCACGCCCGCAACUCCCUGUCCAACUGCGGCAUCCGGCAGCCCAAAUAUGGAGACCGGAAGGUCCAUCACAUGUACAUGAGGAAAAAGGGAAUCAACACCUUGAUCAACAUCAUGUCUCGCCUGGGUCAAGACGAUCCGUCUCCAUCCAGGAUCAAUCACAACGAGCGUCUGGAGUUCCUCGGCGACGCCGUCGUGGAGUUUCUCACCAGUGUCCAUCUGUACUACCUGUUCCCAAGCCUGGAAGAAGGAGGUCUGGCCACCUACAGAACAGCCAUUGUACAGAACCAGCACCUGGCCAUGUUAGCAAAGAAACUGGAGCUGGACCGUUUCAUGCUGUACGCCCACGGGCCCGACCUCUGCCGGGAGUCCGACCUGAGACACGCCAUGGCCAACUGCUUCGAAGCGCUCAUAGGAGCGGUGUAUUUGGAGGGCGGUCUGGAGGAGUCGAAGCAGCUGUUUGGGAGGCUGCUUUUCAACGGAGAGGAUCUACGGGAGGUCUGGCUCAACUACCCGCCUCACCCACUGCAGGUGCAGGAGCCGCAGACGGACAGGCAGCUGAUCGAGACGUCCCCCGUGCUGCAGAAGCUGACGGACUUUGAGGAUGCCAUUGGCGUGAUGUUCACCCACUGCCGCCUGCUCGCCCGGGCCUUCACGCUGAGGACCGUGGGCUUCAACCACCUCACACUGGGUCACAACCAGAGGAUGGAGUUCCUGGGCGACUCCAUCAUGCAGCUGGUUGCUACAGAGUACCUCUUCAUCCACUUCCCCGACCACCAUGAAGGACACCUCACGCUGUUGCGGAGCUCCUUGGUCAACAACCGUACCCAGGCCAAAGUGGCAGAGGAGUUGGGCAUGCAGGAGUUUGCCAUCACCAACGACAAAACCAACCGCCCCGUGGCCCUUCGGACCAAGACCCUCGCUGACCUGCUGGAAUCUUUCAUCGCGGCGCUCUACAUCGACAAGGACCUGGAGUAUGUUCACACGUUCAUGAACGUCUGCUUCUUCCCCCGGCUGAAGGAGUUCAUCCUGAACCAGGACUGGAACGAUCCUAAGUCCCAGCUCCAGCAGUGCUGUCUGACCCUGCGCACAGAGGGCAAGGAGCCUGACAUCCCUCUCUACAAGACUCUACAGACAGUGGGGCCGUCUCAUGCGCGGACAUACACCGUGGCUGUGUACUUCAAAGGAGAGCGGAUCGGCUGUGGCAAGGGCCCAAGUAUCCAACAGGCGGAGAUGGGGGCUGCCAUGGACGCACUUGAGAAAUAUAACUUCCCUCAAAUGGCUCAUCAGAAGCGCUUCAUCGAGCGGAAAUACAGACAGGAGCUGAAAGAGAUGAGACGAGAGCGAGAGCGCCAAGAGAAGGAGGAAGACGAAGUGGAGGACGGCAGGAAGUAACGGUGCCACUCGCCGGGGCCAAUCAAGAGGGACGCAGAGCAGUUCCUCUAGCAGUUGAGGUGAACGAUGUUGAAGUGUGACGAUGUCCACACCGCCAAGGGAUCAACAACUUUCGAACACUCCAAAGUGCAAACCCCACCCCCCUGAACAGUGUGUGGUUGCUGUGUUUCAUAGGACUUUGAUGCCUGGUCAGGUUUUUUUUUUAUAUACAUUUUUUUUUUUAGGGCACCCUUUUUCGGAUGAGUCUACAGUCUGUACGUUCUUAUUCAAUGAACGCUGAAAUUGCCUCACGUCUUUCUUUUUUUUUUUUAUUGUGUACACGUAUGUCGUCGUUUUGAGCUCCUAUGCCUAGGUCUUAAUGCGUUUGCGUUGGUUAUGCACAUUGAGAUUUUAAACCAAAUCCGUCGGUCGUCGAUCAUGUCGAUGACUAUAAUGAGCGGUUCGACGACAGAAUGGCUUUGUUUUAAAUGUUGUUUUUCUCCGAUGUAUACCGCAAAUGACAUUGAGAAUAACUGAUAUUAAUAAAGGUAUUUGGUAUGUUUAUUGGUUUGGUUGUAAUGGUGAAAGAGGUCCUAUUGAUAGGAGUACUCAGAAUCACUGUCUGAAAGCAAAUCGCGUGGUGGUAGAAGUGGUGGCAUUAUCACUUGCACAUUAUGAAGGCAAAGCGUUAAUGAUUCAAUUACAUUAAAUAUGAUGUAAAAUGCCACCAUCUGUCUUGCAUCUGCUGCUUUUUACUCUAACAAUUAAAAAAACAAAAAAAAAUU